AUGCCCCAGGUUCCCUCAUCCUUGGCCCUGGAAGCGGCAGCACCUGAACGACGGAUGUCGACCGCCCAUGAGGGCACAAUGGCAUUACCAACAGUUUUUCUUCGUCGUCUACCAAGAAAUACGACUGCCGAGGCAGUAAGAACUAUGCUUCUCUUCGCCAAAGACCUCCAGAAUACGGACAUUGUUCCCAACGAGUACGAGGAGGAUGCCGGGUUUGCUACCGCCGUUGCCCGCUUUGCAUCCAUGACAGGUGCCUCUGAGGCACAAGCAAUGCUGGAUGGCAAGCCUAACACAGCUGGACAGGCCAAGAUGAUUGUGACUGUCAUUUCCAGUCCGUCGAUGGCAGCUCGACGCAACACCAUUGACCCCAUGGCAGGCAGAAGGAUGGCACAAUCCGUGUCACCAACGCAGACCAAUGCCACAAAGUCUUCGAGGUUCAACGGUACCUUCCAAUCUAUGGACAAGAAUUCUCCUCCUAUGGGAUCCCCACCAGACUUCUCGUCGUCCGAAAGCGGUUCUCAUCUGCAGACCAUCUUUUCUCCUCAAAUGUCCGGUACCAGUGUCGUGACGGACCGUUCUCGCAACAGCGGAAAGACAGUCAUUGAUGAAGACGGUGGGGAUGAUGAUACCGGCGAGCUGCUGAAGGAUCCCUUGGCAUAUAUGAACAACUCUUCGGCGGGCAACGCAGGCAGAAAGCAUGUCAACCCACGCGUUCCCACGGCGGCAUUCUCGUCGCUGUCUUUGAACACGACUAUGGGCAGUGCACCUUCACAUGCUUAUGCGUCACCACGGUCGGCUGCUCAAAGUCGGACACCUCACUCCCAGUUCUCUCCUGGAAUGGGCGCCAAUGGUCAAUACUCGUCACCAAGCCAACCCUUCGUACGGCACAAUUUCCCGCCUGCCAAUCCCGCCGACCAGAACCCGCCAUGUAACACACUGUACGUGGGCAAUCUGCCCAUUGAUACUUCCGAGGACGAGUUGAAGGCCAUGUUUUCGAAGCAGAGGGGUUACAAAAGGCUCUGUUUCCGGACCAAGCAGAAUGGGCCGAUGUGCUUUGUUGAAUUUGAGGAUGUCUCCUUUGCGACCAAGGCACUCAACGAUUUGUAUGGCGCCCAGCUGCAUAACAGCGUCAAGGGCGGCAUCCGGUUGAGCUUUUCGAAGAACCCACUGGGAGUUCGGUCAGGACAACCAGUGAGUGUGAAUCCUACAACGCCGCUUAGUGCCACCGGAGCCAUGAGUAUGAGCGGGUUUGGAAACAUGACUCCCGGAGCAUUCUCGACAGCGGCUGGACCACCUCCUGGAUUGUCAGCGCCUCCCGGCCUAAACAUGUCCAUGCCACCAGGCGUCAACGGAGGAGUGCCACCUUCGGCUUAUGUCCCGCAAGGAUACACUGUCGGCAAUGGAGCCCUACCCAACAUGCGAGCAGUGUCGAUGAAUACCGGACCCGCAAGCCAAAACGUUGGCGGUGGCUAUCCUGAUUACAUGCUUGGCCGUUGA